GUUACGAGUCCGACGAUGUGAAAUGAAUACAAUGUUUUAACAAGUAGCUUCAUUUCUGUUUUACAAGAACGUGCAUCAACUUUAAGGUCCUAUCAUUGAAUUUUUAAAUUAUUCGCUCAGAGCGUCCGAGAAAAAAACGAAAUCAUGGAGAAUAUUACUUCCAUUCAAGAGAACCAGACUUUUGGCAACUGGACUGAAUACAGUGUCGAAUACAAAGUGGUGAGCAUAUUGCUAGUUACCCUAAUCUGUGGGGUUGGGAUUGUGGGCAACGUAAUGGUCAUUUUAGUGGUUCUCACGACCAAGCACAUGCGGACACCAACAAACUGUUAUCUGGUGAGCCUAGCGGUCGCUGACCUUAUGGUGUUGAUCGCAGCGGGUUUACCGAACAUCACCGACAGUCUGUAUGGACAUUGGGUCUAUGGAUACGCCGGAUGCCUCUGUAUCACGUAUUUCCAGUACUUGGGCAUAAAUGCGUCCUCUUGCUCAAUCACUGCUUUCACUAUAGAGAGGUAUAUUGCUAUUUGUCACCCGAUAAAAGCCCAAUUUAUGUGCACGCUUUCCAGGGCGAAGAAGAUAAUCGUGCUUGUGUGGGCUUUCACGUCUUUCUAUUGUGUCAUGUGGUUCUAUCUAUCGGACAUUGAAAAUAAGAUUUACGCGGAUAACGUCACAGUUGUCAUCUGCGCUUACAAAGUCUCCCGGAACUUCUACUUGCCAAUAUACUUCACGGAUUUUACGGUAUUUUAUGUAGUGCCCUUGAUGCUAGCUACUAUACUGUAUGGUUUGAUUGCAAGAAUUCUUUUUCUAAACCCGCUACCUUCGGACCCCAAAGAAAACAAAAAAAAGUUGAAAAAGGAUUCCAGUCAGGGAAUCAGUUCUAAAAACUCCAAUUGCACCAGCAGCACGACAGCUGCCUCGCGGAGACAGGUUACGAAGAUGCUGGCUGUAGUGGUGAUCCUCUUUGCCCUUCUCUGGAUGCCUUACCGGACACUGGUGGUAGUGAACUCCUUCCUGGAUACGGCAUACCUGGACCUGUGGUUUAUACUCUUCUGCCGCCUCUGCAUCUACCUGAACAGCGCCAUCAACCCCGUCAUCUACAACGCCAUGUCCCAGAAGUUCCGCGCCGCUUUCAAGAAACUCUGCAACUGUGGCCCGCAGCGGUCAGAGAAGCCAGCCGCCUACAGCAUGGCCCUCACCUACAGCGUCAUCAAGGAGACCUCCAACGGAGAAAGCCCGGACCACUACACCACUGAGCUGGAUGACCUCACAGCCACCGACGAGUUUCUUCCCAAAAGACUGUCGUUUGAUGACAGCCACCUGUCGAGCAAAGUCACUUUCAGCAACGCCUGAUUCGGGGGGGAGGGUGGCAACCAUUAACAUUGCCAUACGAAGAUUAUCUGGCCCACAUGUCACAGUAUUGUGAUCAUUGUUGCAUAACUUAGCUCUUUUCACAAGCUUUGUUCUGUUCCUUUUUUUUAAAGCCAGCUGGUGAUAGUUUUGAGUGCGUGAGAAUCGCAAACAUUGUUCUUCGCGUCUAAUGAUGUUUGUUGGCUGAGUACAUAAUUUUUAUUGUGUCUUUGUGUGAAUUCAUGCAUUUAUGAUUCAUACAAUUAGUAAUCUGCUUGUUCUGUAAAUAUCCAUGGGGCUAAAGCCAGGUGGCAAAGCGCCUAUUUGAAAAGCAAGCCAGACUGUUAAAUUAUGGUGAGGGUUUGCUGUUCAAUCACAAAGACACAGUGUUCUUGUUUCUCACAGUGAACCUCUUCACUAUCCGCUAAUUAUUGAAGGUUCAACCUAAUGUUCCUUUUCUAUUUUAAGUAAAAAAAACUGACAAAAGGAUAGUUUGGUAUUACAUGGAUUAUGUCAGUUUUCAUUGUGCCAUAUCUAAUUGCAUGCAAAAGCCUGUACCAGUUUCAUUUUCUGAGAACUGGUAUGCAUGUGUUGCUCUGUAUCAUGUAAAGCUCUGUAAAUGGUAAUGCUGUUGUAUAUUCUGCUUUAAUAAUAUGGACUCAGUCUGGUACAUAUUUGAGAUGGUAAAUAUCUUAUUGGUUGGUCAUUUUUUAAUUACAGUUUUGUAAAAAGAAAUGUAAAACUUGAAUUGAAUGUUUAAAUAUAUAUUUUUUCAUCUGUAUAUGUUCCCUUGAGAUUAUGUGACCCGUAAGGUGAAUAAUGUUUACUGGUGAUACAGAAUGCAGGAACAGAAAAAGAAAAGGAGCCUGACUCUUGUGAGAAAAUUGGCCAAGUUUGACAACCUUAUUGUGUUGCUCUUACUGAAAAAUUAUAAUAGACGGAGAAAAAAAAUCUUUAGUUACAUGUACUGAAUUUGUAUUCUCAUGGUCAAUUGUUACGACUGUACUAUUAAUUUGCAUCCUGAUAUUCAGUUACUUAUUAAAGGUUUAAUAGUAAUGAAUAAUGAAUGACACAUUUAAAAAACAGGAAAAUCAUACAUUACUCCUAGUUUUGCUAGUGAAAACUGAAAUAUUAAGAAUAAAGAACUGUACCAGUGUACAUAUAAUGGGGUCGAUGAUUACUAUUUUGAAACAAAAUGAACAGUGGGGUGACUUUCAAUACUACUAAUAUUGAAAGAACACAAAUGUCUCUACUAGCCAGCACAGUGUUGAGUUAUACAGCUGUGGAACACUAUUUUGGUCAUGUAUAUCAUGUAUAUACCUUUUUAUAUUUAUAUUAUAUUACCUUUCCUGUUAUCAUUCUGAGGUUCCUCCCACUGUCAGUGUAACAGAAGAGGUGGUCUUACUUGUAUGGGAAAGGGAAAUAUAGAAAAAAAGAGAAAAUAAAGAAGAAAAAUUACCUCAGAGCUACAUUAGUGCAAUUUCUUCCUAAAAAAGUCUGAAUGAUAGAGCUUCUCUUUAUGCUCAAACUUAUUUACAUGGUUCUGUCUUUAGGUGUCUUUCAGUUCUUUCAAAGCUUUUCUGUUGGUAAAGUAGUCUGUUACUGUAAUCGCAAAAGAGAAGAUGAAUUAUGUUUUCAUUUAAUUGUGCUUGAAUUAUUGUUGUAUUAUUAAUUUAUCAUAUACAUUUGAAACUGGCUAUCCAAUGAUUGUUAUUUAUGUCCUUAGCUGUGCUCUUUAAGGUUUGCUAAUUUCACUGGAUACCUGAUCGUGAAAUGAAAGCCCUGAAUUGCACAUCUCAUAUCCAUAAGCGCACUGAAUAAAAAUGGCCUAGAAUAUUCAAUAGCCUUUGUAGUUUUGUAGAGUUUGUGAAUGGGAUUUAGAAGAUACUCAGGAAACAUACAAUCCGGUUGCCAGUCAGAAUAUUCUGGACUAUUGUUAUCAUGUUAACAGAGGCAAGGAGUAAAUGUACAAUUCUUUUAAAUUUGCUGUCCAAAUUAGUUUGUUGACUGUGAAUUCCAAAGUUUGUAUGGGCAGACCAUUUAUUUACAGAUGGUUGGCAAUCCCAGGUUUCGCUUGUAUAGACUGCCUGCCUUCUAAAUCAUCAUACAUUUAAUGACUGAGAAACAGUCUACUAUAGCCACAAAGGCACUCAAGCCAGGAGAUGAGGCAAAGCUAUCAACCUCUGCUGUAUGUGGGUGUUAGUCCAACACACAGGGCUGAAGGGAGUAACCACACUUGGGCAUUUUGUACAGAAAACUUCUAAGAUGAUUCAAGAAAAAAUCUGGGAAUAUCUCAAAUAACUGUAAAAUGUUCUUUGCCGAUGAGCCUGAAACCUGGUGCGUGGUCUGUUUGCAGCUUACUACAAUGUUUCAUUUUGGAUUUUGCCUGAAUGAACCCUGAUUGAACUACUGCACUCUUAACCGGGGGACAUCUGCAGCAGAUUAUGGGACUGGGAAAUGGAACGAGCUUCACAGUUGUCACUGUGAUGAAUAACAGUGUGACUUUGUGUAACAUGCAGUUUGCCAGCUUCAUUUAUUUUCCCGCAUCCAAGGCUACUCCUCGGCAGCCAAAAUCUUUGCAGGCACAUCUGUGCAAGGCCAGCGACAGUCAGCGAGCUCAAGCCUCCAAUAACAGAGCCUCAAUUACCUGAGGCUAAUGGGAAACAGACUGAGCAAACAGCAUUCAGAAAGGGAUGCUGAGCAGUGCGGUAGAUGCCAUGACAAAGCCAAACUGCCCGGAACAUCAAUAUUUAUCUAUGGAAAAAAUACUGUGACAGAGGUUGGACUGAUCGGAACCUAGCAUUUGGAAAACUGCCCCACAAGCCAGGUUUGAACAUUGUGAAUGUUGUCCGUAAAUGGGGUCUGCCAUAUAAGCCUUUUUUUACGUUUCAGCAGCUAAACAAUAUAGAAAUAACAUAGAGACUCAGAGAUGGUUACCUGUCAACUAUUAAUUAUUUUGUUUUUAUAUUUCUUCCGAAGUUGUUAAUACAAUACAAUACUAAGAUAUAGUGCAAGUAAUGGAUACAGGUCAGGUGUUCCUGGUGCAGCAGAACACAGCCUACAAACACCACAAGACAAGGCUCUCUGAACUGGUGGUGAAGACACAGGGUCAUUAUAAAAGUGGAAAAUAAUUCCACUUUGGAUAAUACCCAGUACAUAUUAUAGAUUUACAAAUAAAAAAAUCUAGUUUACAUAUAAUUUAUAACAUUAUCAUUUUAAGUUAUGAAAUAGUUUUUUUCAAGACUUACUGUAUUGUACACAACACAUAAUUCCAUAUUUGCUUUGAUGUGUUCCAUUGAGACUGCAUAGAAGCCCAUGAAGGGUCAUCUCCAUUAGUAUUCCGAGAGUUUAAGAGUUUUGGGAACCCCUGCCAUUGCAUGGUUAAAAGCCUCAAAAAUGCCUUUGUUUUAAAAUAUGAAUGGGCCAUGAAUAGAUCAACAAUUUGUGUAAUAUUGUUACACCGCAGUUUUGAAAUGUUUUUGCUGAUGGGAGCAAACAAACAUGGAUCACUUUGACAUAUGGAUACUUCUCUGCUGGCUGGCCUAGUACUGUAGACAUGCAUUAUUUUAGAUGAGCUGACACCAUCAAAGUGAUUGAUGAUAUAGUAAACUCACCUCACUAGACACUGGUGUCUGCACAAAUAAUGCAUCAGUGCCUAGAUAGAGCGUCUGAAAGACAAACAGGCACAACCUGAGUUAUAGCAUUGUAAUCAAGCUUACAGGGACAUGGGCAACAACAUAUAAUUUACACAAAUAAUAUGCUGCAGUCUGUCGCAGCAUUAUGAGUAAUUUAUUAUAUUUAGAUGAGAUUAAUAACAACUUAAAUUCCGCCGCACAGUAUUUAUUUAGCCGUUUAAAAAAAACAGAAAUAAAUUGUGUUUACUGCACUCUCCCCCUUUUCUAAUUGCUGAUUGUGCUAUACAAUGUAAAACUGUUUUAAAGAUUUCUCAAAUACACUACAACUAUUUUUCUGUAGUGUUAAAUUAGAUUAAGUCAUUGUUUGUUGUGCCGUUUAAAUUGCUGUCUGUGUUUUUCUAAACUAAGAGUAAUGUUAGGCGGAUGUGUAUUUCUGUGAUGUGUCAUUCUUUGUGUUAUUGUGUCGUGUAUUUUUCCGGGGGCAGCAUCUGAAUGUUUUAAGCUAUUCACAACUGCAUUUCUGAGAUGCAGAAAAAAACCUUUGAGGAAAAAAUUAUUUGAAGCUUUUCUUUCUUGCAAUUAAAAAACUGCAGUCUCCAGCCCAGAACUUUCCUCUUUCUUUUUGUCCACAUUGUUAAAUUAUUUGUACUGUAUGCAUAAAGGAUGUGCUGUGAUGUGUUUUUUUUUUUUUUUUUUUUUUUGAGAAAAGAAAUAAUGCUGGAAACAGGUUGCAGCAAAUCUUGGGUUUUAAUGUCAUAGCUCAAGGAUGGACUGCCACAUUAGUAAACAUUAUGAUACAUGGUCUUGUAUAUUUCUCAUAAUUUGUAUAACCAACUACAAGUCAUGCCUGUCUAGUACUUUAACAUUUUGUGAAUCAUAGAGGCGUCUUUGUUGCUUUGUUGGUUGGUGUAUUUUGUAAGCCAGCUUUAAUAAAUACUUUCUUAAUGUU